UCAAGUUGCUUCUAAAUUCUCCAAAGCACACCCCAAUAUCAGAUGUUUUCUUUGCCCUUUUCUUCACCUUCAGAUUUCUCCAGUGCAAUCUAAAAAUCUAAAAUAACCAACUUGGCAAUAAUGAAUCUAGUCGAAUUUCAACCUGGAAUCGGCUCAUCUUAAUCGAAUCCUAAUCUUUAAUUCCUCCUUACUAUUAAAUUUUCUUUGUACUUAUGAUUAGGUUCCGAUAUUCGCCUUCCUUUUAAGCUGAAAACUUUGUACAAAAUCAAACAACAUCUUUACAAGGGGUCAAGGGGAGCAAGAAAUUGUGAGGUUUUGGGACUUUCAAACCUUUCUUACAGAUUAUAUUGAAAUUAUGUCCAGUAGUACCAGCAGGAAGGCGAAGGAGAUGAACAAUGAGACUAAGAACGUGGCGAAGAUGAAAUGGGAUAGAGAAAAAGGGAAAGGACAUCCUUAUCAGCUGCAGCAGCAGCAGCAGCAGCAAUGGAUGCCAGUUUUUGAUGAAGCUACCACUGCUGCUGGAGGACGUCCUUUCAAGAAAACUCGAAGCCCUGAACGCCAGUUUAUUCCGCCUUCACAGUCAUUAGUACAGCCUUUCAAUCCUUUUCCUUGCACAAAUACUUGUUCAAAGAUUGCAUUUCCAUUUCCAUUUGAUUGUUCUUCCAAUCAAAAUAAUCAGCCUCAGUUUCCUGAUUUAAAUACUCAAACAAUCCCCGAGCAACAACAACAACAGCAGCAGAUGAUAUCGUUUAAUCAAGGGUGCGGAUACCAAUAUCAGUAUCAGCCAACGGAGUCGAAUCCGCAGAUGCAACAGCUGCAAUACUGGAGUGAAGCAUUAAAUUUGAGCCCAAGAGGUAAGUUAAUGAUGAUGAACAGAUUUUCCACCCAAGGAUUUGGACAGCAAAUGCCUCAAGGGGGAAACCCAGUGUCGGCUAUCUCAACCACCAAGCUUUACCGAGGGGUGAGACAGCGUCACUGGGGGAAAUGGGUGGCUGAAAUCCGCCUCCCUAGAAAUCGAACCCGGCUAUGGCUCGGCACCUUUGACACUGCAGAAGAUGCUGCCUUAGCUUAUGACCGGGAAGCAUUCAAGUUACGAGGAGAGAACGCAAGGCUCAACUUUCCUGAGCUUUUUCUGAACAAGGGUACUACAGAUUCCUCAUGUAAUCAACCUCAGGAAAUGGAAACCCCACCACAACCACCACCACCACCACUACCAUCAAUACCACCACCACCUUUCCCGGUAGAGGUAAAAGCCGAUGCGUCAUCAGGUGCUACCUCGAGUGACAUGAGUGUGAUAAGAGAUCCAUCUCAAACAGUUGGAGAAGGUGGUUUGGAAACCUCGGAUUUGGCUUGGAAAGAAAUGACUGAUGCUUGGUUCAAUGCCAUUCCAGCUGGUUGGGGACCAGGAAGUCCACUUUGGGAUACUUUUGACCCAAAUAAUCUUUUGUUGCAACACAAUUACCCGUUCAAGUUGAACUUAAGUUCAUCAGAUUAUCAACAAGAUCAACAUCAGCAAGAAUUCUUUGUUUCAUCAUCAUCAUCCUCAUCUUUUUCACCCUCUUCUUGUCCUAUGAGGCCUUUUUUCUCUAAGGAUCAAGACUAGACUUCAUCUCAUUUCUCCUUUUCAAUUUCUUCAAAUCCCCAUUUUUCAUUUUUCCUAGAUUUUUUUACCCAACUUUAUUCUACAUUUCCUCUUGUUUCUUUCCCUUAGAUUUUAUCACCCAACUUUAUUCUCUAUUUCCUCUGUUUCUACAACAAUAUACCGAUUGCAUGCAUUUCCCAAACUCAUUGGCUUGAUAUUUUUAUAAAGCUACUGAUUCCAAUCCAUCAGCUGCAUUUAGGCUGUUUAUUAUCAGGCCGUUUGCAGAUGUAAUACCCACUUCAUGUCCGAACUUAGUUGUGACAUUGCUAGUUUACGGUUAUUUUUCGACGGAUAAAGUAUUUCUCAUCGGUACAAUUCUUAUUGUAGAUGUUAAAAUGGACAACGAGCUGGUCCUUCUAUCUUAAGCUAUGCAUUUUUGAGUAGCUAAAGAUGGAUACCAAUUUUAGUUUUAAUUUAUUUUGCCUACUUUCUUUUUAGGAUUUGGUAAUUAGUAUUUGGCUUCAGUAGUCUUUUUAGGCCGGUACGGAGUAUAUCAUUUUCGGAUUAUGUAUUAAUGUUGGAUGUUGAUCUUAUUGGUUCCUUAUUGACA